CGAGGGCUAACCAUUUUUUUCCGCGUCAAGUUCGUGGCUGAAAGUUUUCUUCCUCUCUCUUUUUUCCCCCUUUUGCGGAGGACCAGUCGCAUGCAGUCACAAUGAGGGAGAAAGCGAAGGACUUUUUAUCGCACGGCUUCUCCUCUGGUGUCCACUUCACGUUGCUCUUCACUGACGUCGUUUAGACUUACUUUAAUGCACAACACAUUUCCGUUAUGCGAAGUCCAACUUGUUGGUUAGUCGUCGUGCUGCGGUGGGUGCCCAUCCGAGAUAACGGAGAACGUGAUGAUUCUCAUCCACUCUGGUUACUGCAAUGAAUGGUAACACUAUCCAUCCAGCCAACACCACAACAGCAGCAGGCCAAGGUGUGGCAGUUGCCCAAAAAGGCUGGACGGAAUUCUGCGAGCUGCAUGCCAUCGCCGCAGCCCAGGAGCUGGCCCGGCACUACCGGAGUUUUGCAAGAGAGCGACCACACCAUGAUGUGCUUCCACCAGAGACCUUUUCAAAGCAAUUUACUGACCUCUUCCAGCAACACUUCUGCUGCGAGGUCGACAAAGACGGCACGCCACUGGGUCAGAACACAAGCUCUGCCGCCUCCGGUAGCGCUCCCUCAUCGUCUCCAGUGGUCCUUCGUCCUCAGCCUGUAAUCACUCGAGUGCGGACUUUGCCUCGGGUGCAGGACUAUCGGGAGACUGGCAGACCAAAUGGAGGAGCUGCUCCACUGACUGCGUCACCGAAAGUGGAGCCGGUGGUGUUGAGCCGGGAGCAGGAGCUGCCACUGAGAUGCGCUGCGGGAAACUCCUUUUCAGGAUCUCGCACAAUUGGCAGCGGGACACUGGUGAUUCAUAGCCAUAGCAACGAGGAGAUCUCUGGCACAGAUCAUCGCCAGGUAUCUGAACGGUACUCUUCUGACUCUUUAACCUCGAACCCUGAAAACUCAGAAGUCACACAUUUCUCUUUCAGCCAAAUCCGGAAGUCUGUAAAUAAGCUUUUAAAGAAAUCACCCCAAGCCAGUCCGCGCUCAUCCCGGGACCUUACCCCUAGGAACCCCACCACCACCAACAGUAAUCUUCCAAAUAAUGGUGACAGAGUGGGUGCUGUUUCCUCCAUCAGCGAAGAGGUGUCAUCCUCUUCUUCCCACUCCUCCGAAGCCACACCCACAGCUGCUUCACACCGUCCUGGAAUGAAGGAGCUGAUCAUGGCUCCUUUCAAUAGGUUUCGUAGUAAAAGGCAGAGGCGAUCCGAGGCGAGCGGCUGCUGUAAAGAGGGCCAGUUGAGGUACUUUCUGGUGGACGAAACUGUUUCAGACUCACAGCCCCGCUGGCAGCGUUGCCACCUGCUGGUCAGGAGGAUCAGAGACAUUCAAGGAGGAAGAGGAGCAGGGGAAAGUUACCAGUUAGAGCUCUAUGAUCCUCCAAAGGCCUCCAGUCCCAAGCUGACGACUCACUGCUCAGAUAUCCAAGAGGUCCGGCGUUGCAACCGGCUGGAGAUGCCUGACAACUUUAACACGUUUGUUCUAAAGGUUAAUCGAGGUAGCCUGAUAUUUGAGACGGACAACGAGCAGCAGGUCAGCUCCUGGACCACAGAGCUAAAAGAGUGCAUCAGCAGCAGGUCAGUCAGCGUGGAUCUGGAGCCCCUCCCUUCCCCGCCUGACACUUCUGCCCCAGCCAAUCACAGAGGGAGCUCAGAGCCAGAAAGUCAGAGUCAGCCUCCUGUCACCUUCACCCUGCCAGAGCAGGUAAUCCAGAAGACAGAUCACUUCCUGUUCUCCUACCCCUGGUUCCACGGACCCAUCUCUCGCGUCAAGGCGGCCCACCUGGUUCAGAGCUCCGGGCCAGAGGGACACGGGGUGUUUCUGGUCCGACAGAGUGAGACACGCAGGGGCGACUACGUCCUCACCUUCAACUACCAGGGAAAAGCAAAGCACCUGCGCCUCUCUUUGACAGAAUGGGGUCAGUGCAGGGUGCAGCACCUGCGCUUCCCAUCUGUUAUGGACAUGCUCAGUCAUUUCAGACUCUUCCCUAUCCCACUGGAGUGUGGAGCCGCCGGUGCUGUCACUCUGUCCCGCUUCGUAGUGGCGGGUUCCACCCCGCCUUCACAGGGUCAGCUCUCAGGCGCUUUCCUCGUCCCGUUCUCCCUCCAUCGCUGGAGCUCUGAGCCCAGCUUGGCUCACUGCAGCCUGGCUCGCAGCUCCAGCCAGCCCCCUUCCUCCUGCUCCACCAACACCACGGCCAGCACCAGCUUUUCCACUUCCAGCUCCUUUUCCCAGUCUGGGAUCCAUUCUUUUACCCGCACCGGCAUGGUCCCCGAGCCCACGCUGUCAGCCCCGCCUCCACUCCGUCGGAGCGAGUCGGUAGGAAGGAGGAACCUGCUACGCCACCCCAGCACCCACGCUCCCAUCAUCCCUCAGCGGGACUCAGACUAUGAGCUGGAACCUGACCGCGGUCGCAAGCGGGCAAUAGACAACCAGUACAUGUUGCUCUGACCCCGCUGAGUCAAACACCUGCAACACCUCUGAACGACAGCAGACACCUGUGAAGCUGACACACUCAGACACACACAAACACACUUGUGUUUGCUUGUCGCUCCCCUCCCACAGGUAUAUAACCUGAUUGCAGCAGACUCAUGAACUUGAGUGAAGAAGUCUUUGUCUGAUGAAUGCAUACCACUGUGUAUGUGGAAACACACACAAACACUCACUUUGUGCGUGUGUGUGUUUACCAGUGUCAGACCCUCACAUCCUCCACCCAGACUGUCCACAGUGAAUGUAUUUUCGGAGCUUUAUAACAGUGCUGAUUAUUAAUGUUGAGGUUCUCUGUGAGAGUGGGAGAGUCAAAUGACUAUUGACCUAAAGCCCAGGCAGAAAAUAGUUUUCUAUAUUUCUAUUCUGGUCAUUUUUAUAGAGGUGCACUUGUUUUCAUUUCUUUGACACUUAACCAGAACUGAUGGGAAGGCACUCCCUGCAAAAUUGGUUAAUUUAAAAUAUUUAAAAGACAUUUACUCUCCACACAAAGUUUCCAGUGUGGAGCAAACUCUCACCUUUCUUUCUUUUUUUGUACACAGACAAAGAGCGCUCAUUUUAGAGCAUUAUUACAUUAGAUAUUCUCCCACUUGUGCUUUAUUAUGUAUUGAAGUAUAUCUUCAGUGCACUUUGAAAGCAAUGUGUAUUUUUUCUAUGCACAGAUACUUUUGUAGAAAAAUAAUAAUGAU